AUGAGAAAAAAUAUAAUAGCUAUAGUUUUUUUAUUCAGUCUAAUAUUAAGAAUCAAAGCUGAAUGUACAACUGACUGUGCUAAUGGUUGGAAAAUUAUUACAGAUGUAUAUUAUUGCAAAAGUAUUUUUGGAGAUGCAAACUGCAAUAAUGAUGCAACAUGCAUUACUGAUUUUAAUAAUUAUAAGGCUUGUGCUUUAACAGGAUGCUUUGGUUAAAUUGGAAACCUUGCAAGUAUCAGCUAAUACAAUGAUUGUGUAUAAAAAUGUACAGGAACUACCUAACCAGUUAAAGAUUUUGCUCUUAGCUUUAACAAUUGUAUGAAUAUAGCUUCUUCUGCAAUGCUACUUUUUGAGGUAGCGAUAUCAAUCUUUCUAUACUUAAUCUACUUUUGA